UAGGUUCACACAUUUAAACGAAUCUCUGCAGAAGCUGCUAUGCCUCACGUUGCAAACCCGAACUGGCGACUUGUGCUGUUCGCGCCCGUGACGAUUCCGCUGACGCGCCACUAGCCGCACCACCCAGGAGACGGAGAGGAGAGCUGUGAGCUACGGAACGAGCAGGGGACUGACUGGAAACCGGUCUCUCUUUCUCUUUCUUUUCUCCUUCCUUGACGAUCGUGGAUAGAAGCCUGCUAUUGUGCAAAGUCGAUAGACGAUAUUUAACGAUCGACAGCGAUUCACCAGCAGUAGCAUCCAGGCUCUUCUGCAGAGAUGGAGGUACCAGGUUUGGCGCACAACAUCACCAGUCCAUUAAGUCCCUGCGAAGGGAUGAUAAAGGACCUGAGCUUGGACGCCAUACAGUUAUGCGAACGAGAUGGAAGUAAAUCCCAGGAUGGCAGCAUCUCUGAGAUGGAGGAGCUCCCUGUUCCUCAGAACAUCAAAAUCAGCAACAUCACCUGCGACUCCUUCAAGAUCUGCUGGGACAUGGAGUCGCGCAGCAAGGAACGCAUCACACACUACUUCAUUGACCUGAACAAGAAGGAAAACAAAAACUCAAACAAGUUCAAACACAAGGAUGUUCCUACCAAGCUGGUGGCCAAGGCAGUGCCCCUGCCCAUGACGGUUCGGGGCCACUGGUUCCUGAGCCCGCGCACAGAGUACACUGUGGCCGUCCAGACCGCAUCAAAACAGACUGACGGGGACUACACCAUCUCCGAGUGGAGUGAAAUCAUCGAGUUCUGCACUGCUGAUUAUUCCACUGUGCAUCUAAACCAGCUGUUGGAAAAGGCAGAGGUCAUCGCUGGCCGGAUGCUGCGUUUCUCUGUCUUCUACAGGAACCAGAAUAAAGAAUACUUUGACCAUGCCAGAGAGGUACAGGAGAACCGGAUGCUGCCGUCAGUGAAAGACAACAGCGGCAGCCACGGCUCGCCCAUCAGUGGCAAGCUGGAGGGCAUUUUCUUCAGCUGCAACACAGAGUUCAACACAGGCAAGCCUCCGCAGGACUCCCCUUAUGGCCGCCACCGCUUUGAGGUUCGGGCUGACGUGCUCUUCAACCCUGACACCAACCUGUACUUUGGAGACUUCUACUGCAUGUAUACAGCCUACCACUACGUUAUCCUGGUGCUGGCGCCAAAGGGCUCCAGGGGUGACGACUUUUGUAAGCAGAGGCUUCCUGCGCUCGACAUCACCAACAACCGUUUCCUUACCUGCAAGCAGGGUGAAGAGGGUGACGGCAGUCUGGUGUUUCACCACGCCCAGGAUGUCAUCCUUGAGGUGAUCUACACGGAGCCUUUAGACCUGGCGCUGGGCACGGUGGCUGAGAUCAGCGGGCAUCAGCUGAUGAGUAUGUCCACGGUAAAUGCCAAGAAGGACCCCAGCUGCAAGACCUGUAACAUCAGUGUGGGGCGCUAAGAAAAGGCAGAAUGUAGGAGUGGGAAGGGAGGACUAGAGGAGAUUGACCUCUACACACACAGGAAGUCCACAUGUACUGAUGAAGCAGACCAACACAUGCAUGAAGCAGCAGAUUUAGUACGCUCCCAGACAUGCACACCAACAUAUCUCUGACACUGUUCUGUCAUUCCCAAAGACGUGUAGAGAAAAAAAGAAGAAAGUACACACUCUGACACCAUUGUCUCCUCAUCUCAAAAAGGGUUACCCUAAAUGUUGAAAACAUACAUUAAACUGAACGAUCCAAACCUGGGACACCAACAACACAGAUCCAUCUAUCCUGCAAGUCAAUACUGGCGUACUGACCAAACCCUUUAACUGUACUAACAAAGGUGGACUGCUUCUAUUCAAUUUCCUGUUGUUUAAGUUAUCCCAUAUUUUGUUAACAACUUUUGCCUUGUUAAUAUUGAUAUGCCACUGGCUGUGUGGACAAGCAGUUUGGUGUUUUCAAUUACUUUGACUGUUCUUCGUUUUAGAAAUGUUUUGUUCUCAUUCCACAGUAGACAAAUUCAGACAUCUUUUUACCUCUUUCUAGUGGCACAGACUGGUACUACAAUAUUCUAGGGCUGCAGCAUCAAGUCAUCUUUCUUUAUACCAAAGGUAUUAAAACCCAGACAAAUGCUGUGGAAUCCUAACAGUACUAAUGCAACAGCCUCUAAAAUGUUGUUAACUUGCUAACCUUUAAAAAAAAAAAAAAAGCAUGAUGCAGUUCUGUGCAGCAUGAGUGUGAAAGCUGUCGGUACCUCUACCAUAGCAACCUUUUCUGCAACAGCCGCUCUUAUUUUAUUGUAGUCAGUGCAACGAAAGUAGAACCAUAAACUGUGUUUAGCAGAAUAAAUGUGAAAAAAUAUUUAUUUUUAUUGAUACAUUCAUAUAUAUAGAAAAUUAUAUAAACCAGAAGUGCACAAUGUCAAAAGCUCUGAUCAUUGUCAACAACUGCAUUUAGGUGGAAUUAACUUCAUACAGGCAAAGUGUGUGUGUGUGUGUGGGGGGGGUGUAAACACAAAUUUGACAGCAGAUAUAACUUGCACUACAAUGCCUAUGUUCACCAGCAUUCACAUAUUUUCCAAGGUGAACAUGUAAAUUGAACGAUUUAGAUCAACCAUGAAAUUCUUGAUGCAUAUCAUAGCACAAUGUAGGACUACAAAACAGACAUGCACAAACACUACAGGAUUGUCCCAUUGAUUGCAUUUAAGCUUACACCUUUUUUGUUUUUGCCAAGAUAGCAUUUUUGAAAUAUGCAGUUCACACAUUAACUAUGAAGGAAGCUGUCCAAAAUAGCAUUUUGGUAUGAAGAAACGCAGGUAACAAAGUAUCAUAAUAUACAUACAGUGAUCUUAAAAUGACUAAUAUGUAACUAACAUCAAGUUGUUACAGUUCUUCAUCCUUGACAUAAAUUAGUGCUACAUAAAAUACACUUGCUACAUCAGGUUUAUAAUAAGAUGUGCCAUGGAUGACAAAGGAUGUGUUUUUGGGGACUAAAACAACAGCAUUUAAUUCAGACUGUCACCAAUUUCCAUCAAUUUUCUUCAUGUAAAGUGCAUCGACAUAAUGUGGUAUGAAACAAGACCAGACACCACCGGCUUCACAACCAGAUUUUUCAGAAGUCCUGUUAAGUUCGAUAAAAGUCCCACUGUGAGUUAACUCAGCUGGUCUUGGUUGAGUCCUGUUGUUUACUGAGCAGGACCUCCAGUAGACGGAGCUUCGCUUUGAGGUUCUUAUACUGGCAGUACUCCUCCGCCAUCGGUCCACGGUCCUCCUUCUGGCAAGCCCUGUUAACAAUACAUGGAGGAAAAAAAGAUGCAAACAAAAGGCAAAACUUCGGUAGUUUCAAACAACUUGCAGCAGCUUCCAUAUCUGGUUGAUAGUCCCUAUGUUGCCUUACUCAGAUAGCUUUGUACAGUGUGUAUUGUAAUCAGAAACUUACUGUAUUUACUUAGGAGGACUAACAUGUACAAUACAAAGGAUGUGUACAGUUCAGAGGAAACAUCUAUCUCUUCGUCUCUUCCUGAGCUCUGUGCUGUAUUAACGUUACGUGACAUGUGCAUUACACUGUCGUACCACUACGAUGGAAUUUCUUUUGUGGAUGUUUUUUCUUUGUUUUUCACAAGGCAUUGUUGAAAACCAAAUGUUCCAAGUUUAUUAAAAGACAAAAAUAAAAUUCAAAAGCCAAGUAGCUUGGA